GUUGGACACCCGUGGGCCCACAGCUCUAAGAGCGGGAGCUGUGGGGCCUCCACCGAGGACUGAGAGGGACUCCGAGGAGAGGGGGUGUGGGGCCCGUGGGCACUCUCAGCCCCAGAUUUUCGGGAAGUAGAGGUGGGGGCGCGGGGCAGGUGUCCGCGGGGCCCUGGGGACACCUGAUCGUGGCACCCCCUUCCUCGGGCGCGAGCCCUCCGCCCGCGGAGCCGGGCCGUGGGGGCGGCCGCCUGGAGCAUGCGCAGCGGCGGUGCGGCGUGCGGGUGCCGGGUCGGUGCGCGGGGACGCGGGGCGGCGCGAAGCGGGGCCCUCUGCCGCCCCGCGCUCCCAUGUACGCUUUUUACUCGUUGCUUAUCUACAUCUUCUACAGCCUCUUCCGCAGGGAUGGCGGGGCCGUGGCAGCCGCCGACCCCGGGGACCCCGCCCAGGGGGCCCGCAAGCCCAGGGGUCGCCGCCGCCCCCACCAGCCCACGGCAGAACUGUGGACCGAGCUGACCGGCCUCGUUGGCUGCUCCGAGUCUGAGGAUGGGCCGGCCCGGGGAGCCGAGGGCCGCCCCGUCGAGGUCUCCCUGGAAGAGGCUCUCGUGCGUCUUGCGGAGUUUCUCUCGGCCCAGCUGGGGGCGGAAGAGAGCUGCGGGAAUCCUCCUGACCUGAGCAAGCUCGGUGAUGUUCCCCUACUGUUGACGGUGACCGGUCAGCUCGUGGCCCUCCUGGCAUGGAUUCGGAGCCCCAGGGGGAGGCAGGCCCUGCCCCAGGGGAUUCAGCCAGCCUCGGGAGUGCAGCCCCCAACUCCUGCUGGAUCCCCAUCCCAAGAAGAAAGCCCUUCCCUUUCACCGAGGGGUGAGGCCCGGGGCCAGCAGCCCCCUCAGUUGGAGGAGGACCAGAGAGCUUGGCAGCGGCUGGAACAGCUCAUCCUUGGACAGCUGGAAGAGCUGAAGCAGCAGCUAGAACUGCAGGAGGAGGAGCUGGGCCGACUGCGCCUGGGAGUGGUGAGGCUGCCCUGGGUGGUUCAGGAGGGGGACAGGAGAGGAGGCCCAGAGUUUCAGGUGAGUCCUGAGGGCUUCUCUCUCCACCAGGGGACCACAGACUCAGAGAAGAGGGUUCAGCACCUGACUCUGGAGAAUGAGGCCCUGAAGCAGAGUCUGAGUCUCACUCGGCACCUCCUGCUGCACUGGGGUCCCGGCCCACCCCCCAGGACCCCCCAGGAUGAAGCAGAGGCACUAUUGGAGCUCCAGAGCCGGCUUCAGGAGGCCCAGAACACCACAGAAGCUCUCCGAGUCCAGCUAGGGGUGCAGGAGGUGCAGUUGCAGGGCCUUCGGGGGGCCCUCCGGCAGCUCCAGCAGGAGACUGAGCAGAACUGCAGAAGGGAGCUGCAGCAGAUGCAUGGGCAGCUGGCAGGUAAGCCCUGGGGCUGGGGGGCUCAUGGAAAGGCCAUGGAGUCUGGGCUUUCCCUCAACAACUUUCCCCUGCCAGGACUCCGGGCACACAUGGUGAGCCUGCGUCAGGGCUGUGGGGACCUCCGAGGACUGGUCAGCAGCUUUACCCAGAGCUGUCAGGGUUCGUUGAGCGAGGCCCGAGGCCAGGUAUCCUGGGCCCUGGGGGCACUGUCAGCCGGAGGGGCUGGGACUCAGCUCCCUGAGGAGCAGCAGAGGUCCCCAACUGGAUGCCCCGGGCGGCUGCUAGAGCUCAAGGGAAAUAUCCGCGUGCUGUGUCGGCUGAGGCCAGGGACACCCUCCAGCCUGGUGAGCUCGGAGCCCGGCCCAGGUGGCACUGUCACCACCUGCUAUCGAGGGCGCCAGAAUCGCUUCCGCCUGGACUGGGUCUUCCCUGCAGACGCCAGCCAGGAGGAGGUCUUCAGGGAGCUGGAGCCGGCUGUGCUGUCCUGCCUUCGAGGCUACAGCGUCUGCAUUUUCACCUAUGGUCAGACAGGGACCGGGAAGACCUACAGCAUGGAGGGCCCACCUGAGGACCCUGGCAUAGCUCCUAGGGCGCUGCAGUCACUGUUCCGGGAGAUGGGGACCGGAGGGCAGCACCGCGUGAGUCUCAGCAUGGUGGAGAUCUACAACGAGGCUGUCAGGGACCUCCUAGCCCCAGGGCCUCCUGAGCGCCUGGCCGUGAGGCAGGGACCAGCAGGCCAGGGGGGGAUCCAGGUGUCUGGCCUCACCUACUGGGACGUGCCCAACCUGGAGAUGCUGCACCAGAUGCUGAGCCUGGGGAGGAGCAACCGGGCCACCGCCGCCACCGCCAUGAACCAGCAUAGCUCCCGUUCGCACGCCCUGGUCACGCUAACGCUGCGCGCAGCGUCCCCACCGCGCGGUCCGGGCCCCGCAGGCACGCUGCACCUGGUGGACCUGGCAGGAUCCGAGCGUGUCUGGAAGGCGGGGGCGGCCGGCGCGUCGCGGGGAGACCAGGACGGCGCCCAGCGUCUCCGGGAGGCCCGGACCAUCAACCGCUCGCUGUUGGCGCUGGGAGGCGUGAUGGCCGCGCUGCGGGCCCGCCGGCCACACGUGCCCUUCCGCGAUUCGCAGCUCACGCGCCUGCUGCAGCCCGCGCUCGGCCCCGGCGCCACCGCCGUGCUGCUGCUGCAGAUCUCCACGCGGCCCGAGGACCUUGGCGAGACCGUGUGCUCGCUGAAGUUCGCCGAGCGAGUGGGCCAAGUGGAGUUGGGGCCGGCCCGGCGCCGCAGGGCCCCGCGCUCCGGGACGCCCUCCUCGCUCAGCACCGACACACCACUCACCGGGACCCCUUGCACCCCCACGCCGCCCCCCGCGAGCCCUUCAAGCUCCGGCCGGGACUGCGGCGCCAGCUCGGCCCUCGCACCACUGGAGGACCUGCCUUCUUAAGUCCUGCGCAGGGAGUCUGGGGUCGCGCCUCUGCGGGCCGAGGCAGCAAAGUCCCUACACCCCCACAACCUUCUUGACCUCGGGGGCCAACUGCACCCCCUAACUUCCAGAGUUGCCCCUCCCCCUGCCCCGAGAGGAGGAGUGUUAAGCCUGAGAAAUGAUUGUCCCCCAGUCCCUGAGCUCCCUCUUUAUCACCAUUUGUUGUUAUCGCGCACACAGCAGGGGAUCCUAGAGCCGCGGGACGGGACGCAGACCGCGGCCCAGUGUUACCCGAGUCACCACAGUCACCACUCAGCCACCAAAAAUCAGACUUGCCGCUAAAA